CAUCAAGUUAGCAUGUCAAGAUCACUAAUACGGCAGUUCUCAAGGAGGAUAGCAAAUAGCAGGAUACAAAAUGAUGGAAUGGAAAGCUUGACGUUAUUGCAGAUUAGAAACAGUGGAAGAUAUAAUGCCAGCUCUAUCACACCAAGUCGAAGUUUCGUUUCACUAAACGACUUGGCAAAGUUGACCCCGUUUGGAAGCUCUUCAAAGGACACAAAUCCAUCAUCUUCCUCGCACAAGAGGCAAGGCGAUGACGGGUACACGGAAUCGGUCACUCUACCCUUCUCACGCGAUCAUCUUUUCUCAAUUGUGAGCGAUGUGGCAGCGUAUGAAGAAUUCGUGCCAUACUGCAUUCAAUCUCGUAUCUCAUCCCCAGAAGAGGCAUCUCGCUACCCGCAAUCAUCUAUAAAAUCAAACCAAGCUUCGCAAGACGCAGAAGAAUUUCUAGCAGAGUUGACAGUCGGAUUUGGAAACCUAAAAGAACAAUAUACCAGUAAAGUGAUUGUUGAUCGAGAAAAAGGACAAGUGAUCGCAGAAGCGAUUCCAACGCCACUUUUUCAACAUUUACGUACUUCUUGGACGAUCCAACCUCUUUCUCCAAACAAGUCUAAAGUGGAUUUUGAAGUACAUUAUGCAUUCUCAAAUCCAUUUUAUGCUGCUAUGGCUAAGGCUGCUAUGCACAAAAUGGCAAGUCAAAUGAUCGGAGCAUUUGAGAGAAGGGCUGUUGAACAUGCUUCUUGAAGGUACUAUAGAUUUACAACACAAUAGAAUCAAAUUUGUAUAAUAUACAUAAAUAUUUGUCACUCCUUUGACUAUUUGUCACUCCUUUGACACAACACACUUUAGACUUCAAUCGAUCCUAGUAUAUCUGUGUCAGCCUUUAAUCGCCUUUCUUGACAAUUGUAACCUUUUCUUUGGGCAUGCGAUGGAGUUCAACCCUGCCGUCUGAUCCACGUGGAUAAGAAUCGGGAUCGCUGAAGUGUAUCACAGAAUGACCAGCAGGUGCUUC